UGUGUGUGUGUGAUAUCUCAGACGUCACAGCCUGCCGUUGGUCCAGUUCAGUUCAGUUCAGUUCACUUUAGAUCAGAUCGGAUCCCCGGAUGAGCCGUUGCUUCUCUCAGGAGGUAAACUGAAGUAAACCCGGACCUGGAGGCGGUUUAACCCGGAACAGCCCGAACCGGAACACUGUGUUUGUUUCUGUUCGACCCAAAAUAAGCAGCAUAAACAAGCAGGGCGGAGGGAGUGUGAGAGCCACCGUUAACGUAACGUCCGUGACGUCGCUCCGCUGGUUUUUCACCAGCACGCCGCGCGUCUGGGGGGUCCACGCCGGGAUUUACCAAGUGAUCGAUUAAUCCGACAGGAGCCUGAACCGUGGGAUCGGUACACGCGCUAUGAUGGAGAGAAAGAGGACGGACUGUCCCGCUCUGCCGCCCGGUUGGAAGAAAGAAGAAGUGAUCAGGAAGUCCGGGCUGAGCGCCGGAAAGAGCGACGUCUACUACUACAGUCCUUCAGGAAAGAAGUUCCGGAGUAAGCCCCAGCUGUCCCGUUACCUUGGAAAUACAGUGGAUCUGGCAUGUUUUGACUUUCGCACGGGCAAGAUGAUGCCCGGAAAACUGCAGAAAAACAAACAGAGAUUCCGACAUGACCCGCUGAGCAUGGCCAAGGGAGGGAAACCAGACCUGAACACAGCUCUGCCCAUCAGACAGACGGCCUCCAUCUUUAAACAGCCCGUUACCAAGGUUACAAGUCACCCCGGAAACAAGGUGAAGACAGACCUGCAGCGGGCGAUCGAGCAGCCCAAACAGCUGUUUUGGGAGAAGAGGUUGAAAGGUCUGCGGUCAUCAGACGUCACAGAGCAGGUCCUGCGUACCAUGGACCUGCCCAAAGGAUUGCAGAGUGUCGGUCCAGAUGCGAGUGACGACACCCUGCUGUCGGCCAUCGCCAGCGCUCUGCACAUGAGCUCAGCUCCGAUUACGGGACAGACGUCUGUAGCGGCUGAGAAGAAUCCGGCAAUCUGGCUCAACACGUCCCAGCCGCUCUGCAAGGCCUUCACCGUCACGGACGAGCACAUCCGGGAGCAGGAAAUGAAAGUGUACCAGGCCAGGAGGAGUCUGGAGGAAGCACUGAUGGCUGACAGUUUGGCGCGGGCCGCCGAAAACACCCGAGAGCUGCUCGAGGGGAAGAAGGCCUGAAGACAAGACAGAAGUUCACACAGCCAUCCAUCAUCUCGCCCAUUUUCCGGCUGCUUAUCCAGGUCAAGGUCACCGUGGCAACGGGACGGCACAGCAGACCAGAGGCUGUUUUCAGAAUGAAAAGGUUUUUGCUGCAGAGUUUCAGACCUCUCAGGGGUUUUACCCACAAAGAAAACUCGAGGAGAACAGACCUGGCUGGUUAAACGUUGGUGUGAUUUCUUGAGUCAGUCGGUAAAACUCAAGUGCAGUUUGUCCUGAGGGUGGUGCUAAAGAGCAAAUGAGUUAAACGAGUUGAUCAUGUGGUGUGCAACCUCUGGAGCAUAAAAAUGAACCUGCAGUUCCUCUCAUGUCCACUUGAGGCUGGCUACAGAUGUGAGGUGUCAAUGUUUACAGCCUGUUUGAGUCUCUGUGUCAUAUUUCUGCUCUGUACAUCAAAUGGACCGGUACUUAUACAGUGCCUUUCUACUCAGUUUGAGCCCUCUGCAUCAGUAUCUUACUGAUAACAAGGAUGCUUCAACACAAGGACUGCAUGAGCGGGAAUCAUUCCAUCAACCUUCCGAUUGGUCGACGGCCCCCUCUGCCACCUGAACCACUACUUAAAGUUUGGGAUGUUUCUGCUUUGAUUGACUGUUGGUUGCUGGUGUUGGAGGCAGGUGUCACCUCAGUUAGUUUGGACUAAUGAACAUGUUUGAACUAUUGGUGCCUGCUGGCCUUGUAAAACAUAUUCAAAAUACAGACAGUCUUGCUUUAUGCUGUUUAUCUCAAGAUUAUGCUUUGAGUAUAUCUGAUCUCGCAUUUGACCUCUAAACAGUUUAUGGACUCAGUCGUUCUGGGUCAUAAACACAUGAGGAGGAUAUGACCACAACUCAUCCGUUAUAUUAGUUUAUAUUGGUUUUAAAGCACAAAUGUGGUGACAGUGAAAACUCGCGGCUUUAGAGCCAUACUUCAGAGGCCAGUGGGUGAUGACAGGGCAUCUACAUUCAUGUUUUAAACCAUCCACGAUCCCUGCAGACUGUUCUUAACUGGAUUAUUAUUGCACUGGUGCAGUCCAACAUCACACGUUUCUGCGAGGGAGCUGCAGGUUAAAGACCGGCUAAAGUCCAACCUGACACCAUGUUUUCACCUGCACCUCUAGAAAAGUCCAGUACUGCAGUCCAUGUGUCUAAACUGUAAAUGUCACCUUACUAACCAAAGGUUCCUAGCAUCUUCCAUUAACGUAGCACUUGACCUUCUAACGGCUCCUCUGGCUCCAGAAAACAAACCAACAUGGCGAAGGGCGUAAAGCUGGAGUGGAGUUCCCGUGGCCGUAUGCAUGUUUCCCGUACGGUCUGUGGGAGGAUUCAGCAGCUGAAGCAUCAGCAUCAUGGCGCUCUUCUGUCCGGCACUCGUGUUAUAUUGCUUUUGUAAGCGUGUCAUGAUAUGUCUGUUGGGUUUUAUCUGUUGUUAAUAGAGGCUGCAGUUACGUAUAUGUGUGUGUGUCUUUGUGUGAGUGUGUGUGCUGAUGCUUCCUCUAAAAGCUGACAGAUAAGGAGGCUUUUUUUAAAGCACAUUUGUUUUCUGUGGAGGGAAAAUUGUCCAUUAAUGCAGAUUUAUGCAGAUUGGCUGGAUGGAAGUCGUUUGGGCGAAAAGAGCCACUGAGAGUCGAGGAGUGAUUACUAAUGGGUUUUUAUAGCUGGACCAGAGAGAGGGGGCAGUGGGCAGCUUCUCUCUCUCUUUGUGUGCAUGUGUGUGUAUAUGUGUGUGUUUCUGCUUCGGAGCUGUUGAAACAACCCUUUUAAAUCUUUGUCGAAUUCUCACACUGUUUGCUUUGCUUCCUGCUGCUCUGACUCUUAUUUGUAGCGUCCUGCUAAUUUAUUUAUGUUGGUUUUCUGGCUGAGUUGGCUUCUGCCAUUCUCUAUCUUUUAUGCGACCCUUUAUAUUCUGUGCUUACUCAGAAACAUGCUACACUAGGUGGCAAUAACACAUUACAAUACUGCUGCCAUGAACGAUGGGGGCAAACACGUCUAACGGUGCUGUAUUCUUUUCUUUGACUGCAUCAGUUUUCAUUACCAGAAGUGUUGAUGUGAGUUAUGUUAGUACUGGUACCACACAAAAUCAUUUAUGUGCAGGAAAAACAUUAUUGUGUGGUUUAAUCUAUUGUAAUGUGAAUGAUUUAGGUGGAGAUGUAUAUUUUAUAUGAAUAAUCGAAAUUGACAAAAAACCUUAAAAAGCCUUAAAAAGUAAUUAUAGUAAAUACAGGUGGGAAGAGGCCCACUUUAGACCCUCUCCUGCAUUCUGGCAUCUCUGCUACGAAGAGAGAAAGAGGGUGUCUGCUGUUAGUCUGCAGGAAAUUUAAAGAUGGUGAUAAAAUAAAGAAGCAGUUUUUGUGCAAACAGAUGGGUUUAGGUUUAACUCACUCUUUAUUCUACAAUCCUUUUAAAGCUAAUAAACCUUUGGUCAGUGGUCAUAGCUUCUUGCUUCUAUGUUUAAGCUCAAUGAUCAGCUGUUAGCCAAAUUUGGCCAAAUAUUAACAGGUCAGUCUCAUUGCAUUAGGAGCUAUUGUCCAUAGCCUGAAAAGACUGAAAAGCGGCGCUGGUUUUUCAUGCCUUGUGGGCUUUUUGUGUACUGCUUUUAAGAGUGUAAGAGUUUCUGUGUGAGGUGAAACAUUUCUCAUUGGCAUUUCUGCACUUGUCGGGGUUUGAAUUAGGCCUGGGUCCAUUUUAGCUACAUGCUGGCACAUAUUUAGGCAUUAGAAAAUGUUACCUUUAAAAUGUCAUAGAUUUGUUUUGGCUUUACAGUUUUUUUCUGUUAAAAACUUUUUCAUUUGGGUGUUUAAAAAAAGUAAACAGUGGCUGAAAUACCUACCAAUGAUGCAGUCUGUCAACUGCCUUGAUUUUGAGUUUUGAUCUAGGACUGUAAUCAAAGUUUUACAUAACUGCAGAACCAUGCAUGUUCAUCAGCUGAUAUAUUUAUAUUUAAUUUUUUUAAAAUGUCUUUUAAGCUGAAGUGUAAUUUGUCAAAUUGUGUUAUUAAUGUGCGAUUAUCAUCCUCAUUUCGACCUUUCAAUCCCAUUUCUGAGCAAAUAUGAGCCAAAAAGAGUUUCCUUUUCAGCACCACCUUUCUCCACUCAGAGGUCUUCCACAGACAUAAAGCUGAUAUCCAUCUCCUCGUGUGACUGUGGGGAAGACACGAAGGAAGAGGAUUUCUCUAAACAUUGAACUGUUCCUUUAAAAUGAGCAGACUGCCGUUUUUAUCUGAUCGAGACUUAAGAUUCACACUGCUGACUGAGGAAAGACUGUGACUGAUACAAACACACACCAGCAGCAUCUCUCUCUCUCUGUGUGUGUGUGUGUGUGUGUGUGUGUGUGUGUGUGUGUGUGUGUGUGUGUGUGUGUGUGUGAGAAUAUUAGCUGUGUAUCUUGUAAUUUCCAGAGGAGCUGAUUCAGACUCCUGCAGCAUUUUUCAGCUGCUGGUAAUUAGUGCAUGUUGAGACACAGAGAAUUAUCUGCUUCAAAGUCAUUCAUGAGGCUGAUAACUGCUGAGUGUGUGUGCCCGUGUGCUGUCAGUUAGCUGAAUUGCCUCGAUUAAGCAGCAGAUUAUCAGGAUUUUCUAAUUAUUAGGGAGUAAUUAAGAGUGAGCUGAGGAUUAUCAGACCGAAACAUGGAAACAGUGAAGGAAGAAAACAUUCACAUGUAUUAAUACUGAAACAGUAAAACAAAGAAACACUAACACAGCACAACAAAGAGUUCAUCAUUAAGUCUGGAUUUGGCAAACACUAGCAAAUCUGAAGGAUGCACAAUGGCACAGGAAGGGUCUAAAAAUAAAUGUUUAACUGUGGGGUUGUAGGUUCAGUUACAGGUAAAGUGAACCAAAAUCAGAAUUAAGGAGGCAGUCUGAAUGAGUUGCUAGGUGAUUCAACGGAUUUGUCAUCAUGUAAUCAAUGAUUCAAAAGUAGAAACUGGGGAUGAAAAAAAGACUAAAAAGAUAAAUGACAAUAAAAAAACAACAACAAAAUAAUGCAGCUUUAAUGCAGAUGAGAUUUUGUAUAUUCAGUACUACAGCAACAUGGAUAACAGUUUCAAGGAGGGAUUCUAAAUGGUAUAAAGACAGAUUUAAAGCAAGCCAAUUUCAUCUUGGAAUACCCAUCGAUUCAAAAACUAUUUAGAUGCUAGUGAUUCAGAAAGAAAGAUUUAAAAAUGGAAGAAAGGGGAAGGUGAAAUAACAAAAUUAUUAAAAAUUUAAAGAUGUUGGGAUUCAGUAUGGUUCAGUAAAUGAAUAGAAUUAAAAAUGCCUACUGGACUGCAUAGGUUAAUAGUACAGUUUGAAUUUAAAUUAGGCUAACGAAGGAUAAAAAAAGGAUAGUUAAGAAUAAAAAAAAUGGUGUAAUCAAAAAAUUAAAAACAUAAAAUUAGAGAUGGGAUUGUUUAAAAUUUAAAACCAUUUAAAGGAGGAGAUUAGAUGCAGUAAGAGACUACAGGUUACAGACUCAGUUACAGUUACAGGAGUCAAACUGAGGAGUUAAAACGAGUGCAGUAAGAGAGUACAGUUUGCAAAUUCAGUACUACACUUAUCAAAAAAAGAGGUGAGGGGAUUAUAAAUGUCAUGACGAGACAUUCAAAGUAAGCUAAUGAAGGAUUCGUCAACAUAUAAACUAGUGUUGAAAAGAAAUACAAAGUAGGGAUUCAAAACAGCACAAUAAAAAUACAAAUACAGAGGUUGAGUACUUCAGAUGGAUUGACUCAUAGUGAGAUGAAGGAAGGAUUCUGAAUGGCACAAUUAACCUUUUUAAGUAGGCUCGUCAUAAAACAGCUGAUUCAAAAUCGUUAAAAAGCAAAGAUUGUAAAUUGCACAGUGAAAAGAAAAUACCAACUGGAGAAAUAAAUUGGAUUCAAUACAAUAGAAACAUCUAAAAUGGGAAGAAGGUGGGAUUCCAAAUGGCAUAUUACGAGUUCAAAUAGAGAAAAAUGUAAUCAUCUGUAAUCAAAUUAAUAAUUAAAUUAAAUGGAAAAGUAAGCUUAAACGGAAUAGUGAGACCAGUAUAGGGCUGAGAACUGAAAGAACGGGGCGAUUCCGUAUAUAAACAAGGGAGGACUCAAACAGGCCUCAAUGAAUGACAAAUUGCGUGAAGGAGGGAAUCAAAUGGCACAAUUAAAUAUUUAAAACAGAAGGUACAGAGGGCGACUACAAUGGCAAAUAAAUAAUUCAGGAUGGUAAUUAACAGGGAUGACUAAAGUUAGAGCUCAAAGUGGCAAAGUGAAAGCAUCAAUAGGGGUUCAAAGCGGCAGGAUGAUUGAUUCAAAAGAGAUUUAUGAUGGAAAAUGGAAAUGAAAUGAAGGAGGAAGGAUUUGAAAAUGCCACAAUGAUGGAUUAACAAUGGCUUAAUUAGACAUUUGAAAGCUCAAGGAUGAGAAUAAAAAUGGAUUUUGUUCUGUAUUAGAAAAAUGGGGAUUCACAAUGACACAUUGGGAAAAUUGGAAACUUAGUGGUCAGCAGUGUGGUCAAACGUCUUUGUUAGGCUGAGGAAGACGGGGAGGCUGAGGAGGAGGAGCAGGAGUAGAACAUAUGAUGUGUGAUAUCACCUCUUCUCUCCUGCUGAGCGAACACUUCACUCUGAUGUUUGAUAUAUUAUUAAAAUGUUUUCUGUACAGGCAAAAGGCUCCUAGUUGUCCUAAUUGUAGCUCCACCCUCCUCGUUAUUGUACCAAGGAGGAGGAGGAGGAGAAGGUGGGGUGGGGUUAAUGGAGGAGUUAAUGAUUAACAUGGAAGCUCAGUGCAUUAAUUGGAUAUUUCAAUGUGUACAGAGGCGAAUGUUUAUUAUUCUGCAGGAGGAGGGAGAAACACGGCAGUUAGUUUGGGGGAUUUUAUUAAGAUGAACUUAAUGAGUCAAUUUGGGGUUUAUAGAGAAGGAAGUGGGAGGCAGAGUUUUAUUCAGAGGUCUCCACAGAGCCUUACAAUCUAUUUGUUGGGAAGAUAUCAGUGCUUGCUUGCACUUCAUUAAUGCCUACACACAAGUGGCAGCUUUUUAAAUAUUUUUUAGGACAGUUUUUCUAAAUAAUCCCUACCAAACUCAAACAUUAAUUCCAAGAUUUAAAAUAUCUUCACUUUUCCCAAGAGCAUUGUCUUGUCAUGCAAAAAGAUGGACAAAGGAGGCCUGAUUCUCAUAAAAACUAAAAUAGGCUUAUCUCAUGUAACCACAAGUAAAAAUGUAGGUUAAGAAACACACGAUCCAAAGGUUUUAAUCUCAGGAUCAGUGAGUGUGCUGAGCAACACGUUCAACAAAGCUGGGUUUUCUUUGAGUUAGCUGAACAAAAAUUAAAGCCCCAGUCACAGAAAAGGGCUAGUACAAUGGUGGUAACUUUUUUUUUCAUGUAAUCCAGGCUUCUGGUCUCUGUUCACUCUCACAUAAACAUUUAAUGAGGCAUAUCGGUCAGUUCACUGAUUGAGCAUUGCUCACUACAGGUUAUAAAAUGUGUGAUUUAAAAGAAAGAUAUUAGACAUAUAACAUGACAUAUAGACUAACGAUCUAAUCAUCUCUAUUUCAGGCAGAAAAGCACCUAACAGAAAGGGCCUGGCCCACUUAAGGUCAAGCAUGCUGUAGGGCUGGGGUAGAGUUAUUUGAACCCAAAUGCUUCUUGAAUUUAUGAAGUGCUAAUUUUUUUUUUGUUUUUACAGUUUAAUUUAAGCAAAUAGGAACUGAACUUGAAGGUUGUUUUACAGAACAGCCCAUCUUUUAAAGAUCUUUCAAACUGAGACGUGAACUGUCAUAGUAACUCCUCUUCUUUCUUUGUGUCUCUCUAGAGUUCCUCUGUUUACCAGCCUCAGGGUUAUCACCGCCUUCAUCUUAAUCCAGACAACAAACCAAAAACCAGACCUCCCACAGCCCAAACGUCACCCGUUCUGAUCCAUUGUUUCCGUGGAUGAUCGCUUCAACCUUCCUGUUGUGGAGCCUUUUUUGCACUUGACAUUUCUAAACAUCUGGAAACAUUUUUUUUUCCAGAGUCACAGUAGCAACAGUGGGAGCAACAACCACAGCAAUAAUGACACAAUACCAGCAACAAUGCCUCUGACAUCGGAGGCUACAGUAGCAAUAAGUGGAGCCUGAACCAGCUUGAAGCAACCAAAGCCUUUAAUCCUCUCUCUGUGCAAACUUUACAACAAGCAUUUCUUUUAUUGCAGUUUUUCUUUUUAAUAUAAAGUAGAUAAAAAAAAAUAAUAAAAAAAACAGAAUGUACUUAAGAGCAAGUCCUUCAUAAAGACCCAAAGUCAGGUUGCAAACUGCUGGACGGCUUUUGCUAACUCUACUAACUUUCAUUUUUUGCUCUUUUAUGAUUUUGGUUCCUUUGUGGUGUCAUAUGUCAGCUUCAGGGGUUUUAAUGAAAUAAUGAGAAUUUACAAUUAUAUGAAAUAGAACAAUUACUUAUUUAAAGACAAAUUUUAUACCUUCUGAGAACAUAUGUGUACAUUUUCUGGACUGGACUGGAAUAAAUAAUUAUAUUCAGA